AUGAGCUUAAUUACAGCUGCAAAAGCCACUCUUCUUAUAAGCCAAAUAGAGAAUGCAAGAGAUGAGCUUGAAGAAGGGCUUCGACAAAUACAUCGUUAUUGCUGAGUUCCCAGCAAUUGCGAUUUAUUCCUCCAUCAGGAUAUUUUGAGAAGCUUUAAGAUCCCAGCAGUUUCAAAAGAACUUUCAAGAUUUCCGAUCAUUGUCGCAGAAAUAAAAGAACACUUAUCUCAAACAGAGCAAUGAGUUUCUUACAUUGCUUACCAAAACGAAUUGCUAGGGGAGGCAUUGAAUUUUAUUUUUCAUAAUAUCACAACUAAGCAGCUUCCUGAAGGAAUUUACCCUGCUUUCUCUGAUUUGAACUCAGAGUGUAAUUUACUUACUCCUGACGAUUACAAGCUUAUUUCUAUAUAUAUACAGAUUUUGAUAAAUCUUGGCAAAUACAAAGAAUCAAUCCUCAGAGAAAUUUCAACUCAUAACAUUAUUCCAAGACUUCUAUUUCUGAUUGAGAAAAUUCCAGUAAACUUGAGCGAUAAAAAUUAUAUAGUACUUUCCCUUGAAUAGCCGAUAGCGGGCUGGCUUUAUCCUGCUAUCGGGCUAUACAAGGGAAAGAGCUAUAGACCAAUUACGUAUCCUCUGAGAGAUUAUGCUACAAUCUUACUUAAUAUGCUCUUUAAGCAGCAAGCUAUCGCAGACAAAGUUUGUAACCAUUUAGCUAUGUUCAAGUGAAUUUCAAGAAUAAUUAAAAAUACAAUUGCAAACUCCAGAGAACUGCUUUUAGCAGAAACUCUAUCGUUGCUCAGCUUUUCUCCUAACUUCACACCAGAAAUAGACUAUGAAUUUAUAAUUAGAGACUGGGUUUAUGGAAAUUUAUGCAUGAUUUUGAUGCCAGAUCAAAGAACUGAUCAAUGAAAAACUCUAAACAACGGAAGAACAGACGAAGAAUUGCUUAAGCUCGCUAUUUUUUUAGUGAUUAUUUUAGUCAAUACAAGUAAAACUCAAGGCGGGAUUGAUGAAAUCAUUGCGUCAAUCCACUAUUAUAAUUAUGAUAUAUUUUGAAGAUUCAUUCAUUUCUUGCUCCGAUUAAAAAAGAUUGACACAAAAUUAUGAGUCAAGACUUUAAAUCUUGUAAAUAAUAUGCUAACUCCCUAAUUUAAAUUGGAACAAAACACUUAGCCCAGAAAUUUGCUUUUCAAUAGGAAAAUUUUAAAAGUAAAAACUAAUUUUUCUAAAAUAAAUUUUGAUCUAAUAUAACAGAAAAAUUCAAUUAGAAUAUUAUUUAAACAGUUUCACACUAAAUAAAUCAAUUAAUAUUUUGACUAAAUUCUUUAUAAAGAUAAAUUACAAUUUAUAAAUUGGGUUCAAUUUAUAUUAUUUUAAAAAAAUAUUUUAUAAAUAAUUAAAAAAUAAUUAUUUUUAAAAAUAAACCUCCCCUUUAAAUUGGAACAAGUUUUCGUUCCAAUUUAAAGAGGAUUAAGACAUCCCGAUUAUAAUCCUCCAUUGUAUGCUACACAGUAAAAUUUAUGCAGACUAUCAACGAUUGCUUUUUGUAUCCUUGGAAACUUGGAUGAAAUCUUACUCAUAUUGUGCUGCAGGACUUUUAAAUAUUUGGUGUUUACUCUUGAAGAAAAAGAACUGCUUCUUGCUGUUGCUUGCCAAAGGUAAGUCUUAUUUAGAAUGAAACAGCCAAGGCACUCUCUUCAGGCUCCUCCUCUUCCAAAUUAUUCAACUCUUGAUGACUUGAAUACCCUCCAGAGGGAUACAGAAAAGUUAGCAAAAGAGUGAAACAAUUAUUAUAAGCAGAAAAAUCAGCCAUGGGAAAGCUUGCGGCCAUUAACAUCAACACCUUUAGAAUUCAGCUCAAGACAAGAGCGAAUCAUCCACAAAAUAACACAAGAAUUCAAGCAAUAUAGGCUGUUUUUUCGAAAGCUCCCCUCUCCAUGCACAUACUGCAAGGAUUUGUAUGGUCCUCCAUUUUACCCUGAAGACACCUUUUGAGGCUAUUAUUCAGACCCAGAGGACCAAAAGAUCCAUGUUUCCACUACCUUGCUUCAAUUUAUAUCAGAUAUCACAGAGAACGAAAACAUGAAGUUUAUUUUUGAUAAUAUCAUGUGUGUAUUAAAUGAAGUUUUAUGUAUUGGAGACUCUGAUAUCGAAAACAAGGCGAAAUGCGGAAUUAUCACUUAUUAUUUGACUUGCACAGAACUCAAAAAAAAUUUUGUUCAUUCAUAUCUUGCAUCAGGAAUGUUAUACUUCCAUGAAUAUUAUAUGAGACUAGUUCUCAAGUCAUUUUCAGGGAGCAGCAUAAGCGGAGUAAAAUGCAGAUGGGAUCCUCAGGACAAAUUCUUUAUACUUGAAACUGACCCAAUGUUUGGUGUGUCUAGCAGAAUGAGCAACUGAAAUUUGCAUAUUUUGCAUCACCUGUUAGAACUUCUGACUACAGUUUUGAGACAAUCCCCUGAAUCCGCUGAUGUUUUUCUUAGAAAGCAAUGCUCAGGAUUUAUUUCAAUAAACUAUGAACUUGUGCUGAGUUUAUAUAAACUUGCCAAUGAUAACUCGCCUCUGCAGUCCCUUGCCCUAGACAUUAUUGCUAAAACAGAAGAAGUACUCUAUGUCUUUAUCAGAAGAUUCCCUUCCCUUUUCUACACAGUGCUAGAUUCAGUCAUUCUGAAUGAGCAGCUUUUUACUGUUUACUCUACAAUGACCAAGGAUAUCCCUUCUCUUCUGUCAGCAUAUGCUCACAUUUCUACCUUUUACUUGUUUAUCACCAAGGACAGUACAAAUAAAUUGGCAAGGAAACUCAUUGGCACUACAAUUUUGCCCUUUGCAACUUCUCUCGUAAAAGUUUUAAGACACCUAUGCACAAAUAUUGAGCAACUAGAAGCAAUAAAUCCUUAUGAGCUCAGAGUGGAUCUUGCAAUAGCCAAUAUUCUUGAGAGGAUAGUCAUUGUGAAGUCUGCUCAUUAUCUUGUAUUAUCACUAGUUCAUUGUUUCAGAACAGACCCUCAAUGUAUAGAAUCUAUAAGUCCUUCGUUUUAUGUGAACAUGUUUAGUAGGCUGACCACAAUUUUGGAAUUCGCUGAUAAAAAUUUUAAGAAUAAAAGUGCUUAUGAGGAUAAUUAUGCAUUCCCUGAAGAAUUCAAAAACAAUGACAUUAAAUUGAUUCCUGGCAGCAGAAACUGGAUCGCAGUGGACUUUGAAUAUGAAGAUGAAGACAUUUUAUUUCAAAUGUAUUAUUCUUCUAUUAUGACGUGAGCAUGACACAUUUCUAUGUUUGAUCAAAACUGCCAAGGAUUAAUAGUCCAUGAUUCAAUGAAAUUUAUGAUGAGGCUGGCUUUUGAAUAUGAGCGGUGGGAGAUGGAUGCUUUUAUGGUCACCACUGGGGUAAUUUACAAUUUCUCAGUCCUUCAUCCGAACUCCAUGCUGAACUGCCUUCCUGUUAUAGUAGACAUAAUAAUCAAAUUCAUUUCACUGAUGAAGAUCCCUUUAGAAAGCUAUUUUCUGCUAUUCCAAGUCUUAAGAAGCAUUCAUCCUAAGCUCUCUUAUUCUCCUCUUGCACAAAAGCUGCAGAUAAUAAUUGCUCCUUUAAGAGCAAUUUUAUCCUCUGACUUGCCUAUGCUUAAAUACUAUAACUACCCUAUGCUGGAAGAAGUUAUCCCUCUUGAAAAAGGUCAAAUAGCAGUUGGACGUCAAAGACAAGAAAGAAUAACUGAAGAUGAAACUGAUAUGAGGACGUAUUUUCCUUUGCAGUUUUUGCGAGAUCUACCUGAAGAACUGUCAAGCACAAGCUACGAAAUCUAUCCUGGCCAAGCAAUUUUUCAGAGAGAAGCAAAAACAAUUAUCCAAUUAAUAACCCCUAUAUCAAACCACGAAUUGAUGAAAGGCAUUAAAAAGCUGCACCCAGUUCAUGCAGAAGGAGACAAGUAUGUUAGCUACAAAGACAAAAAUCGAGAUAUCUUAUUUGGUGCAGGCAAACAAGUGGUUGCUACUAAAACAACUAUUUUAGAAAAUCACUUUGAGAGCCGUGUGGACGAAAUCUAUAAGAAGUUUCUCAUUGAUAAGUUUGAUAAAGAACAUCAGCUUUAA